CGAACUUUGUUAUUGUGAUCUUGAAUGAUUCUCAAUCUUGGUAUCCACAGGUUGGGUGCGGGACCCGGGUCGACGCCAGGACGUGGAUUCUUGUGGGUCGGAAGGACGGGUUUGUGCGGAGUGCACUUUCGUCCUCAACAGUGAUCACCCUUGGCGACUACCCUUUUACACUCUACGUUUUUGUCUGCGUGUCGUUGUCGUGCUUGAGCGCUUGAACGAUGUCAUGAGGUGCCUGAAGUUAUGGGCUAUAGAUGGCCAAAUAUAGCAUUCAAUCUGUAAUUGAGAAGGCGUCUUUCAGUGCUCCAACACUUAUAUGCAUUGUUCAGUUACGUUCUGACUCCGUCCUUCUUUCCGCAUUGUUUCAACACGACAUACUUUAUCGUCAAGGAUUCACGCAACAUACGACCUUAUACCUGAAAUCUGACAACGUCACGGUUUUGCAGUCAUGACUGUUAUGUUUGUGAAUAUGAGGCGCAUCGGAUAUCUAUCUGCGUUUGUGCUCUCCGCGGUUGUCCUUGGAUUCACGGCCAACUUUGCAAGACUAUUCCUCCCGAAUAUUAAUCAUGAUUUCACCAUCUUCGCUCUAAUUCCACCAUCAACCACCAUCUUCGCCUUUCUGUGGAUUAUGCAGUUCUCGCAACCAAUAGUGGAGGUGACACUUCACUUCUUUAUCAGUGUACUAUGGCUAGCCAUGGGUGCAUGGUCCGCGGAUAUCAUCGGAUAUGUGCAAUGCUACCCAAUUCAAGGACAGCAUCCUACAGUCAGAGGAAGUAUCUCUGCGCAGUCAUAUUGCUAUGAAAUGAAGGUCAUCGAAGCGCUAUCGUGGACUCUAUUCGUGUUAUUUAUAUUCUUCUUCAUUAUCCUGAUCACGCUCACAUCGCGUGCAGUCGUUUAUGGCCGGUACUAUGCAUGGCGAGAACAUGUCUCGCAGCUAGGCUGGUUUGGAGAACUUCCAGGAUACCCCACUGAAGCCAUAUACCCGCGAGCCCCGAUGUAUGGGUACGGUCAGCCAUAUCCAAUGAUGGGAGGAUACCAUGUACAACAAUUGCCUGGUCACUCCGUCAUGGUUCAGCCAGGUGUUAAUGGUGGCCAACCUAUUGUCACUCACAUGCCGGCCUAGGUGCCUGCUUCCGUUAACAUUGGAAAUCGUACAUACUACUAUGUAUGCGCGGAUUCGACGUGUUGGAACGAUAGGGCACAAGAUUUUCAGAUUGUACUUAGAAGACUUGGAACGCAUCUGUACUUAACGAUUUGCCAAUAUCGGCUGGUCCCGGAGCUAUUACGUAGAACAAUUGAUGAGAAUAUGAAUGAUGAAA